UACCACACAAAGUUGUGAUGACAUUUUUUCUAACCUCAAUCGUUACUUGCAUUUUCUUGGUUUGUUUUCCCAGCUAAAUCCAGAAAUUGACUUAAAAAUAAAUCAUGGAGACCAUAAUUGGGCUUAAAGGAAAGGAUUUUGUGAUGGUGGCCGGUGACUGUACCAACGCACGCUCAAUUAUUAUGCUGAAAGAAGAUGAGAAUAAGAUCACCAAAAUCUCGGAUAAUCUCAUGAUAGCCACAACUGGAGAAUCCGGGGAUACAGUGCAGUUCACGGAGUACAUUGGGAAGAACAUUGCCCUCUAUAAGAUGCGCAAUGGCUACGAAUUGGGCCCCAAAUCUGCUGCCCACUUCACAAGGAAGAACCUCGCUGACUGCCUCAGGUCGCGUUCGCCGUACUUUGUAAAUCUUCUCGUUGCGGGGUACGAUGAGAAAGAGGGCUCAGAAUUGCACUUCAUUGAUUACCUGGCCAAUGCAAAGUCCGUGAAUUAUGCUGGACACGGCUACGGUGGGAUGUUCUGCGCCAGUAUUUUCGAUCGGUACUACAAUGCCAACAUCUCCCAGGAGGAUGCGUAUGAGAUCCUCAAGAAGUGCGUGGCGGAAAUUCAAAAGAGACUCGUCAUCAAUCUGUCCACCUUCAAUGUGGCUGUUGUAGACAAGAAUGGGAUGCGCUACCUAGAUAAUAUUACUUCAAAGACUCCUGCACAGAUUGCCGCAGCGUAGGAUCACUACAAGGUAAUCCCAUUUCUGCUCCAAUUAUAAUUUUUUAUGGCUAAAAAUAAAGUAAAUUGAAAUGAAAAAAAA